CCGGCCAUGUCGGGUAAUGGCCGCCCCGCCCUUGCCGCCAAAACCGUGAGGGCACCGCCCCGCCGCCCUUUCAAAAGGGGGUGCGCCGCCCCGCCGCGGCGCGCGAGGCUGGGUUUGGAGCCAUGUCGAAGCGCAGAGGCUCCGUCAGCCCCUUUUUCUGCUUCGUGCGGGACCAGCUGCCCGAGCUGCGACGGCAGGGGCUGCCCGUGGCCCGCGUGGCGGACGCCAUCCCCCACUGCCGCCAGGCGUGGGCGUUGCUGACAGAGGAAGAAAAGGCAGCGUACCUUGAGAAGGCUCGUAAGUGGAAUGGAAAGAAUCGACCUCAGAAAACUGAAAAAGAGACACAUAAUCUGGGUGAUCCAGUUCCUGCUUCUCUGACCAAAAAGAUGCCCAGUGUUACUUCUUUGCCAGAUGCCUUUGCUAUGUCUUGGAAUAAUGAUCAGGAUGUGGUUGCAGACAUCUUCUACUUCCUGGACAUUUACAGCCAUGGCAAGCUGCCAGCCCCGUGUGAGCAGCGCUUUCUUCCUUGUGAGAUUGGGUGUGUCAGGUACUCCCUACAGGAUGGCAUCAUGGCUGAUUUCCAUCACUUCAUAGAUCCAGAAGCACCACCACGAGGUUUUCGGUACCACUGCCAGGCUGCAGGUGCUGAAACUCAUAAGAUCCCUAUAUCUGGAUUUCAUCUUCCACGUACAUGUUACGCAGUUGUCUUACAGGAACUUCUUGAGUUUGCCCAGCCAGCCAGAGGGUUCCAGCCUCGCUUUUUCUGCAGGUUUAAUGACAGAUUCCGAAUUAACUGGUGCCUCGGUCGAAUGGCUAGCGUAGCAGGCAUUGAGAGCCAUCUACAGCUUUUUUCUGUAGAAGACCUGAUAGUAGAACUGUACCUGAAGAAAUACCUAAAGGAGCCAUCCAAGACAUGGGUGUCUAGAAAACUGGAUGCCUGCCUGUGGGAUUUCUCCAGUAACACCAGGUGCAAGUGGCAUGAGGAGAACGAUAUAAUCUGCUGUGCUUUGGCAUCGUGUAAGAAAAUUGCUUACUGCAUCAGUAGCUCUUUAGCCGACGUGUAUGGAGUCCCACUAACAACAGCUCACCUACCUCUGAGAGUCUCUCAUUGUGAUCAAAGCACAAGUACCAGGAUUGUGAAACUGGAUGCUGGUUUUCAGAAAAUGAAAGCUGAGAGUUCUGGAUAUGACAGACCUUUUGGUUCUCCAAGUCAGGAUGGUGAGUUUAUCCCUUCUAAUCGUGGUUCUCGGUGUGGUGUGAAGACUUCCCUUGGUGUGAAAGAAGUGUCGUACGGGGAAGAGGAGUUACUCCAUUUCUGAAAAGUGCAUCUGAUCUAUUCAAAUCUUUUAGUAUUUGAAAGUCUUUUUUACAUUCAGGACAGCUGUAAAUUCUAAUUUUCUUUGUUUCUAAGAAAACCAGUAGUAGAGACUGCAGUUUUUCACCUGCAACCCUUGACAGUCCAAGUUCUUGUUAGAAUGAUAAAACUAUUGACUAGAUUUAAAGAAGAUAAAAAUCUUGCUUGUUAUCUACAGAAAGAUUUGUUUUGAAGGGACCUGGCAGUUGCAUCUUUAAAAAUACAUGCCCUAUUUUUUUUGUUUCUUAAUGAGUGGAGUGCUAAUUCGAGAUUGAUUAAUCAAUAUAAUUGGGUUGGAAGCAUUCUUUGGUGGCAGUGUGACUUUAAACAAGUGCUUUGUUUCUUCUGUAAUAACCUUCUCCUCUUCUGCACGUGGAGGACAGAACAUGGGAGUCUCUCUCCAAAAAAUGGUGCAGGGGGAAGCAUUGAAGGUAUGAAGGGGAAUUAAAGGUACAAUAGUCCUGAAGGUUUCUGUAAUUGAUCAGUUUUAACCAUGAAGAAUUUGAGUGGCCUUUCAAGGCAAGAAAGCAGACUUAGUAUUUCUUUCAAGACGCUUCAUAUCAUAGCAAAUUUAUCUUAUCUAUUAAUGUUCUUAGAGGCGCAGACUGUGUUGUGUGCAUCAGGAGAAACUUUUUAAUUUUUUUAAAAAUUUGCAUCAGUUUUCUUUUUAAGAAAUGCAUGUCCCUCAAACUUACAGACUGGAGAGAAGUCUGAGUGUUUUGUUGGGUUUUGUUUGUUUGUUUGUUUUUGGUUUUUGUUUUUUUAAAGGAGUAUCGAAUUCAAAGUGAUACAUUUAACAAGUUUAGCCAGGCUGGGUAUAUACUAGUCAUAAUUAUUUGAGGGCACAUAAAAAAGUGGAAGACUGACUAAUAUUCUUCAGGGAAAUUAGUUGUUCCAUUUUAUGGAGGUACAGUUCUUGAACUGGUCCCCAAAAAGUUGUCUGAGCCUUGUCCAUGUGUAUUUAAGCAACGGAUUCUCAGAAAUACGAGAUAUUUUAUUUUUUUAGUUGUUUCUAUGUUUUGUUUCAACAGAGGUACAGCUUUGAAAAACUAUUUCCAUGGCAACUAACUGUGUGAAGGUACUUAUUUCAUUCCUUGUAGGUACUGAAACUCAAGAUUAGGUGGCUCACUCUCUUGAAUAGGAAAAAAAAACCAAUAAAAGAAAUGCAAACAAAAUACAAUAGCCAAUUAAAAUAAGAGGUUUAUUUAUGGAUAAAUUCAGCCAUGCUGAUCACUGUGU